AACUUUAACAGAAACUUUUCCCUGCUCGUCCUUGGAGCGCAGAAUGUCAGGGGGACUUUAUAGCCACGACCAGCCGGGAGAAGCGGCCGGACUGACCGCCUGAGAUCAUGCUGUGUGUCGUGGCGAGAGCGGCGUGCAGGGCAGGAGUAGGGGUGCCCUGUCGCCUGGUGAGGCCGGUGGUGGCGCUCCAGCUAUCCAGUCGCUCCAUUGCUCACCAAGAUGGCCUGCCCAAACUCCCUGUCCCGCCACUCAAACAGACAUGUGACCGCUACCUCGCCAUGCUGGAGCCGCUGAUCAGUGAGGAGGAGAUGGAGCACACCCGUGAGCUCAUGGCCGAGUUCCUCCGAAGCGGCGGGGUGGGAGAAAGGCUGCAGAGGGGGCUGGAGCGAAGAGCCCGCAAAACUGAGAACUGGCUUUCUGAGUGGUGGAUGCAGUCAGCCUACCUGGACUCUCGUAUGCCAGUCGCUGCGUAUACCAGCCCUGGGGUGGUCUUACCCCCGAUGCAUUUCCAAGACCGCCAGGGACAGAUGAGGUUUGCUGCCAAACUGAUUGCUGGGGUUUUGGACUUCAAAAGAAUGAUUGACAAUGAAACACUGCCUGUUGAGUACCUAGGAGGAAAGCCUUUAUGUAUGGACCAGUAUUACCAAGUGCUGUCAUCUUGUCGACUGCCAGGGCCCAAGAAAGACACUGUGGUGAACUAUGGCAUUGGAAAGACGUCUCCAACCCACAUCACUAUAGUGCACAACUUUCAGUUUUUUGUCCUGGAUGUAUACAACAGUGAUGGCUCCCCACUGACAGUGGAUCAGAUCUAUGUGCAGUUGGAGAAGAUCUGGAACUCUUCCUUACAGACCAAUAAAGAGCCAAUUGGCAUCCUCACUUCCAACCACCGGAACACCUGGGGCAAGGCCUACAACAACCUCAUAAAAGACAAGACGAAUAAGGAGUCAGUGCGGAUGAUCCAGAAGAGUAUCUUCUUAGUGUGUCUAGAUGCUCCCAUGCCGCGAGUGUCGGAUGACAUUUACUUCAGUAAGGUAGCGGCGCAGAUGCUGCAUGGCGGAGGGAGUCGCUGGAACAGUGGAAACCGCUGGUUUGAUAAAACACUGCAGUUUAUAGUGGGAGAGGACGGAUCAUGUGGUCUGACCUAUGAACACGCCCCAGCUGAGGGACCUCCCAUUGUGUACCUUGUGGACCAUGUGGUGGCGUACAUGAAGAAAACUGAGAUGGUGCGAGCUCCUAUGAUUCCACUGCCCAUGCCUCUGAAACUGCGCUUCAACAUAACUCCUGAAGUCAAAAAGGACAUUGAGAAAGCCAAACAAAACAUGAAUAUAAUGGUCCACGACCUGGAUGUUCGAGUGCUGAAUUUCUCUCACUACGGGAGGAAAUACCUCAAGUCUUGUAAAAUGAAUACAGAUGCCUUUAUCCAGAUGGCUCUGCAGCUGGCGUACUACAGGAUUUACAACAUGUGCUGUCCUACAUAUGAGAGCGCUUCCCUGCGCAUGUUCAAACUGGGCAGAACUGAGGCCAUCCGUACAACGUCCACAGAGUCGCUCAAGUUUGUACAAGCUAUGGACAACAAGGACAAACAGAACUCAGAGAAACUUGCACUGCUGGAGAAGGCCAUCACUGCUCAUAGAACGUACACGCACAUGGCCAUCCAUGGGCAAGCUAUAGACAGACAUCUGCUGGGGCUGAAGAUGCAGGGCAUUGAGGACCUCACUUCUCUGCCAGAAAUUUUCAUGGACACCUCCUAUGCUGUGGCCAUGCAUUUCAACCUUUUCACCAGUAUGGUUGGAUCAAAGACAGACUGUGUUAUGUCUAUCGGGCCUAUGGUGCCGGAUGGUUAUGGGGUCUGCUACAAUCCAAUGGACGACCACAUAAAUGUUGCUGUGACGGCCUUCAACAGCUGUGAGGAAACCAACGCAAACAAUCUAGCUAGAUCCCUCUCGGAUGCACUGCUUGACAUGAAGGCUCUCCUGGAACAGGUGCCUCAACCCAGCGAGUGAGAUUUUGUCCUGGAGAAAGGAACAGGCCGACUAGACCUGGGUAAAAGCCAGACAGGCUAUGGAAGAAAACCCACACUGCCUGAUGGUAAUAUUUACUGUUCCCGCGUGGAUCAUCUGCCACAAUGUGUAUGCACUACAACUGACAGCUCUCAGUCCCUUAUUUCUUUGAGCAAGUCACCAUUACUGAAAUGUUUGUCGCACAACAGUUUCAGAACAGUGGUGGAAAAUGUCAUGAACAGAACAUUUGAGACGGUCUACAAGUAUGUGUUUUUUGUUGUUGUGCUGAUACUUAAUAUUUCUGUUUACUGAUUUGUGUGCAGAGGUUUGCUGUAGAACUGCACAUUUGUGUUUCUCUGUUCUACUCAAGAUUUUAGCACUUAGUCUUCUUUAAAGGCCUGUUGUAUACCUAUAACUACAUAUUUAUUGAGAUAAAUAUAUAUAUAUUCGAACACAGUGCACAUAAGCUGUAAAGCCUAAACAAAGAACAUGAUUUUACAAGAUGUUAGAGAAAGAAGAAAGAAAGCCAUAAACUUCUAGUUUUCUUGUGAAUGAAGUGAAAAUGUAUAAUAAAAUCAGGUUUCUGUUGUUUUUCUA